CACCAACCAAACAAAAUGGCGAUCCCAAGUGCAGUUUUGGCUGCAGGAUGGAUUCCCUUUGUUGUUGUUAUUGUCCUGACCCUGUUGUUUUCGGCAAUAUACAUCCGUUAUUAUAUGAGCAAAUAUGACAGUGAGCUGUCGACAACCCUGGCCACCAUCUUUGCUCUGACUAUCACCCUGCUGACGUCGGCCAUUGUACCCGUUGACAUCUUCCUUGUAUCCUACAUGAAAACAACUGAUGGAUCAUUCAAGGAUUGGGCUAAUGACUCUGCCUCCCGAGCUUCAAUUGAGCAUUCAAUCCUUUAUGGCUAUUACACGCUGUAUGCUCUCGUGACGUUCUGUCUGUUCAUCUUGCUACCCUUCUUCUAUUUCUUCUAUGAGGAGAAAGAUGAGGCUACCCCUACAUCAUGCAAGAGUAGAUGCUGUACAGCUCUGAAGUACCUGAUUGUGUUUAUCCUGGUCGUCGCUACUCUCAUGUUGAUUGGUGCUUUUGUUCCCACCAAGGGCACUCCCAACGCUAAUUCUACUGAGUGGAAGCAGAUAGAAGCCCUUUUCAAGGACCUGGCUAGCAAUGGGUUGGAAGACUCUCUGUCCUUUAUCAUCAGUGUGUUGAGCCUGCUGGGAAUGAUGGCCUUCAUCAUGUAUACGGUACGUGGAAAGAAAUUACAAAACUGCAGACUUGCCUAUCCUUACUAUUUGAGCCUGCGUCAUCUGGAGGCCAAUGACAGAAGCUGCAUACGGAAAUGUCUGCUGGUGCUACGUCCGUUUGAGAUGCUGUUUGGCUUUUUGUUUCUUCUCGUGGCCUUGCUCAUCUUCAUCUCACUGUUGCUCACCAAUAUUGACAAAGCCAUGCACAGUAAAGGAUACAAGAUUGGCUACGCCCUGGCUCAGAGGAAGCUGCCCAACCCUGUAGACAUUGCACUGGUCUUCUGUCAGAUGGUGUUCCCUCUGGACUACAUCCUCAUGUCGGGCAUCAUCGUGUAUUUCGUCUUCUGCUCCAUGUCUGGAAUCCGCAACAUCGGCAUCUGGUUCCUGUGGAUCAGGAUGUACAAGAUCCGUCCCCGUCGUACACGGCCCCAGGGCCUGCUGAUGUUGUGCAUGAUACUGAUGUUCAUCGUGUUGGCCAUCAACAUCAUUGUGUAUGAGCUGACACCACAGUACUCCACCUUUGGCAGUCAGAAAUAUGGCAACAUGACUGGAGGAUCAAACACAACAUCCACUCCACUACAUCAGUGUACCAUGGAGGUGGCAGGUGAGAUUAGCGUGGUGGCGAGGAUGGCUCUGCUUCUGACACGGUUCUUCUACAAGAUGUGGUUCUUUGGAGCCACCUACUACUGGGGCACUUGGGUCUUUCUUGGGAUAUAUGUCCUUGGAUUCAUAAUUGCUGUGAUAAAGAAGAGAAAGUCAUCAAUCGAUGGGGAAAUUGACGAGGAUGACUUUGAUGAAAGUGAUGAUGAAGACCUGCUUCGGGGCUAGACACAAUAGGUUUUAGAAUACGAUUUGGUUCAACUGAUAUGUAUGUAUUAAGGUUCCAUCUUCAAUGUACAGUAUGCACGAAAAAGAAAGAUGCACAGUUUGGGAUCUGUAUCACUGCUUAUGUUUUGAUUCAAAUCAGUUUGUGUCUUUCAUUAGUUGAACGAAGAAUUUUAAGAAAUAUAUUUGGUAAUGUUUCUAAAAAAUAUAUUCGAGCACAAAAACAAAUUAGGAUUGUAGUGUGUAUAUAUGUGACGUGUAUUUAUUUAUAUUUGCUCUAACUUUUGUUUAUGUCCUCAUUGAUAUGAUUCAAUGUACUUUGUAAUGACUAAUGACUAAAGAUAGUUACACUCUUCUAUCGCACUCAUGACUGAGAGAUUCUUAAUAUCAUUAGACCUUCUCUUUGGCUAAGAUGUUUCAGUUUAAGAGACUCAUCAGUGUGCGGCUCAAACAUUGCCAAACUCUUAUAGAAUUUUAACUGUCAUAUUUAAGUUUAUAAAAUUACUGUCAUGGGUGCAUAGGGUUGUUUCUGUUUUGUAUGAGUACAACAUAUUCCUCCGUCGUGUUCAUUCCUGUCUUAAUGUGGGUUGGUUGGUUAACCGAGUGGUUAAAGCAUUGGCUCGUCACACGAAGACCCGGGUUCGAUUCCCCACAUGGGUAGAAUGUGUGAGCCCCAUUUCUGGUGUCCCCCGCCAUGAUAUUGCUGGAAUAUUGCUGAAAGCGGCGUAAACUAAACUCACUCACUCACUCACUCCUUUAAUGUUGGUCUUUAGAAGGUCCAAAGAACCUAACAGGAUCGGGUGGUUUGGCUUGGUUAUUUGGUUGUAUCCAGUGACUUGGUCAUUGUAUCCCAAUUGUAUAGAUAGAUGCUCAUCAUGUCAAUCACUUGAUUAUCUGGUCCAUACUCAAUUAUUGUAAAUAUUGGGGUCAUAACUGGAAAUAUUGCUGAGUGCAGCA